UCUAUGGUCUAUGGUGGUCUAUGGUUAAAAAAUGAAUGCAAGUUGAAGUGAAGAAGAAUUUGCUUUCUUUAAAAUAUACAGUUUUUAAUUGAUUAGUGUUAAAUAAAAGUCUAGAAAUUUAGCAGUGAUAAUUUAACGUUUUUACCAUGACUACCUUGGGGCCUAAGAAGGACGGGGGACCGAAUAUCGAGUUUUUUCAAUCGCCGGAAUCCCUAACACAAUUUGACCAAAUCCGUGUUUGGUUGCAAAAAAACUGCAAAAAGCAUGUCCAAACGGAUCCUCCUACAAAAGAAGGCCUGGCGCAACUUGUUAUACAGCUCAUACAAUAUCAAGAAAACAAGUUGGGGAAGAACGCUGCUGAUCCUCCCUUUAUGAGGCUUCCAAUGAAAGUGUUCAUGGACAUGAAGCCGGGCGGCUCCCUGUGCACGGUGCUCGCCACCAUGUUCCGCUUCAAGUCGGAGCAGCGGUGGCGCAAGUUCGACUUCCAGGUCGGUAAGAAUCCAUCGCGCAAAGACCUGAACGUGCAAAUGAUGAUGGACAUCGAGACGUCUCUAAUAACCGCGGAGAUUAUACGCUCACCAUGCAUCUUCAUACGCCCAGAAGUUGACAAAGCCACGGCGAACAAAGUCAAGGACAUCAUUGUUAACCAUCAGGGAGAAAUAUGCGAAGACGAAGAGGACGCAACGCAUAUCGUGUACCCGUGCGUGGACCCGCUGGAGGAGGAGUACGCGCGGCCGGUGUUCAAGCGCGGCAACAGCGUGCUGGUGCACUGGUACUACUUCCCCGACAGCCACGAUACUUGGACGCAGGCUGAUUUGCCGGUGGAUGUACCGGAGAACGUGAGCUGGGAUUGCAACCGCGCGGAGCCUUGGCGGGUGUCUGCCACGUGGGCGCUCGACCUGCCUCAGUACAACGAGUGGAUGAAUGAGGAGGAUUAUGAAGUCGAUGCUAACGGCAAGAAGAAGGUACACAAACUGCGCCUGUCGGUUGAGGAUCUCAUCCCGGAGCCGUCGGGCAAAGGCAAGAAGAGCAAGAGGAAGCGCUCGCCCUCUCCGCCGCCGCAGAAACACGGCAAAAGGAAGAGUCGCAUGACAAAGCGUCGCGACAAUGACGUGGAAGAUGAAGAAGACAACGCGUCUAGAGAUAACACGGACGUCGCUCCUACGCCAGAAGUCGAGCGUCCACCUGAAGCGCCCGCGACUCCCGCGGCCACCACCAGCGCGGCCACGCCCGCGGCAGCGGCGCCCGAGCCUCCGCCCGCGCCCGUGCCCGAGGCGCCCACAACGCCCGCGCCCGCCAUGGACGCGCACGAUGACUCGCAGGGCAAGCACAGCGACUCCAACACACAGGAGAUGCUGACCAAGGAAGAGCUAGAAGAUAACGUCACGGAUCAAACCCACCACAUCGUGGUACCGUCCUACUCGGCGUGGUUCGACUACAACUCAAUACAUACCAUCGAGAAGCGCGCCCUGCCUGAAUUCUUUAACAACAAGAACAAAUCCAAGACGCCCGAGAUUUAUCUAGCUUAUAGAAACUUCAUGAUCGAUACUUACCGAUUGAACCCCACGGAAUAUUUGACAAGUACGGCGUGCCGAAGGAAUUUAGCGGGCGACGUGUGCGCCAUUAUGCGGGUGCACGGCUUUCUCGAACAAUGGGGAUUAGUCAACUACCAGGUGGAGACAGAAUCUCGGCCAACGGCGAUGGGUCCGCCGCCAACGUCGCACUUCCACGUCCUGUCUGACACGCCAUCGGGUCUUCAGCCGUUGCAGGCUAGACCUACGCAACCGAGGCCAGCCGAGAACGCAGCAGUACCCAAGGUGGAAGCAGGUCUGCCGAAUGGUACUGAAGCCGGAGCAGCGCCGGUCAAAACAGAACCGCCUCCGGUCAAGCCCGAGCCCGCGCCCCUGGAACUUGGCACUGCACCUGGACUCAAGUUGGAUCAGUACCGAGGUGGCGCUCGCGGGCGCGAAUGGACGGAACAAGAGACUCUGCUACUAUUGGAAGCUUUGGAGCUACAUCGAGAUGACUGGAACAGAGUAGCGGCGCACGUGGGGUCCAGAACCCAUGACGAAUGUAUCCUGCACUUCCUACGACUUCCCAUUGAGGAUCCCUACUUGAAUGACACUUCUGCCAGUGGAGUAUUAGGUCCUUUGGCAUACCAGCCAAUACCGUUCAGCAAAGUGGGUAACCCAGUGAUGAGUACCGUCGCGUUUCUGGCGUCAGUUGUGGACCCGCGCAUCGCUUCCAAAGCCACCAGGGCUGCGAUGGAUGAGUUUGCAGCUAUCAAGGAUGAAGUACCAGCAGCGAUGAUGGAAGCGCACGUGAAGGCAGCGGGCGCGCACGGGCCGGCCGCGGCGCUCGCCGCCACCGGUAUAGCCGGCACCGCGCCCCCGCCGCAAGCCCCGCCUGUACCCGGCGCGCCGCCCGUCGCGCCACAGCCUGAAGUGAAAAAAGAAGAUGGUGAAGGGAAACCAGAAUCAAUGGAGGUGGAUGGCGAAGGAGGAGCUAAGGUCAAGGACGAGCCAACUGAAGGGGCGUCUACAGAAGAUAUCAAGGAAUCCAAAGAUGACGCGACGCCACCACCAGAGGCCCCAGCAGCAGUCGACGCGAAGCUGCAAUCAGCAGCAGCAGCGUCGUUAGCAGCCGCGGCAGUGAAGGCCAAACAUCUAGCAGGCGUUGAGGAGAGGAAGAUCAAGUCGCUCGUCGCGCUUCUGGUGGAGACGCAGAUGAAGAAGUUAGAGAUCAAACUGAGGCAUUUCGAGGAGUUGGAGGCUACUAUGGAGAGGGAGAGAGAAGGUUUGGAGUAUCAGCGGCAGCAAUUAAUACAAGAGAGGCAACAGUUCCACUUGGAACAAUUGAAAGCUGCGGAGUUCCGCGCGAGAAACCACGCGAUACAAAGGUUACAAGCGGAGACGGGCGUGAGUGUCCCAGGACCAACAGCAGCGGGUCCGGGGGCUGCGGUGGCGGGGGCGGGGGUGGGGCCCGCGGGGGACGCGCCGCCGACCGACGCUACACCGCCGGUCGUGCCGCCGCACCAUGCUUAGAAUAGUAAUACAU